AUGAAUGCCCUGAGUGAGGAGUUGCUCAAAAUUCCCAUCCUGGAGCAUGACCUCUUCGCGGACGAUUCAAAAGUCGUAACAAAGGCUAGGGAUAAGAACACUAUAGAGCUCACCCUGAAGCUGGUAGUUCACCGCAUAUCAAAAUGGACGAAACAGAACCCUAUGGAGAUCAGCGCGUCCAAGACGAAGUAUGUCUUUUUUGACGCCACUCUUACGGGCAGUCUCACGCUCCAUGCAAACGGUGUGAAGCUUGAGGAAGACCACACGACUUGUCUACUCAGGGUAGACGCCUCACCCUCUUCGCAGAGUCAGCAACCGCGUGAAUCUCAAACUCCACACCGCCAAGUCCCGCUUCAUCAAGAUAAAAGCAGUGUCUGCAGCGGCUUGGGGUCCCAAGUACGAGGUGCUACGCCCACUGUACAAGUCUCUCAUACAUUCGAAACGUUUAUACGGUGCAGUAGCAAGGCGGAAUACAGCCACCCCCACAACAAUCGACAACCUUGA